AUGGCGGGGCCGGGCCCUGGGGCGGCCCCUCCGCGCCUGGCGCUGGCCCUGGCCCUGCUCGCCGCGCUGCUGGCCGUCAAGUACUACCGGGACACGGAGGCGGCGCGGCGGCAGGAGCUGGCUCUGAAGUCCUUGGGCAAUGAGGGGCUGUUCCUCUUCUCUUCCCUGGACACAAACAAGGACCUGUACCUGAGCCCAGAGGAGUUCAAACCCAUCGCUGAGAAGCUCACAGGGGUUGCUCCAGUCUCAGAAUCCGAAGAGGAGGAGACGCCAGAUCCAGAUGGGGAGACUUUGUCCAUCGUGGCCAAAUUCCAGCCCUUGGUCAUGGAAACAAUGACGAAGAGCAAGGACGGUUUCUUGGGAAUUUCCCACGUGGCUCUGUCUGGGCUGAGGAACUGGACAGCCCCAGCAGUCCCUAUGAGUGUCCUGCUUGCCAGGCAGUUUAAAGCCUUUCUCCCUCCAAAGAACAAUCUGGAUCUUGGGGAUCCGUGGUGGAUAAUUCCCAGUGAACUGAACAUCUUCACUGGGUACCUCUCCAACAACAGGUUUUACCCUCCACCUCCCAAGGGCAAAGAGGUGCUAAUCCACAGGCUGCUGAGCAUGUUCCACCCACGGCCCUUCGUGAAGACGCGCUUUGCCCCGCAGGGAGCCGUGGCCUGCAUCCAGGCCAGCAGCAGCUUCUACUACACCAUAGCAUUCCGGAUCCACGCUGAAUUCCAGCUGAAUGAGCCACCAAACUUCCCCUUCUGGUUUUCCCCAGGACAGUUCACAGGUUACAUUGUCCUGUCCAAGGACUCUUCCCACGUCAGGGACUUCAGGCUCUUUGUUCCUAACAACAGGUCCUUGAACGUGGACAUGGAGUGGCUGUACGGGGCGAGCGAGAGCAGCAACAUGGAAGUGGACAUUGGAUACCUGCCCCAGAUGGAGCUGGAAUCCACAGGGCCUUCGAUCCCCACCGUGAUCCACGACGAGAACGGGAACGUCCUGGACAGCAGGGACCCCUCGGGGGAGCCCAUCCAGUUUGUGUUCGAGGAGAUCACCUGGCAGCAGGAGAUCUCCUGGCAGGAGGCAGCCCACAGGCUGGAAGUGGCCAUGUAUCCAUUUAAGAAGAUCUCCUACCUGCCCUUCACAGAAGCCUUUGAGAGAGCACAAGCAGAGAAGAAGCUGGUGCACUCCAUCCUGCUCUGGGGUGCCCUGGACGACCAGUCCUGCUGAGGUUCGGGGCGAACUCUCCGGGAGACCGUCCUGGAAAGUUCGCCCAUCCUCGCCCUGCUGAACGAGAGCUUCAUCAGCAGCUGGUCCCUGGUGAAGGAGCUGGAGGAGCUGCAGAGCAACAAAGAGAACGAGUUCUACAGCAAACUGGCCGAGCUGCACCUGGAGAAAUACAACUUCCCUGUGGAGAUGAUCAUCUGCCUCCCCAACGGCACGGUGAUUCACCAUAUAAAUGCCAACUAUUUCCUGGACAUUACUUCUAUGAAGCCUGAAGAUGUUGAAAGCAGCAUCUUCAGUUUCUCAAGCAAUUUUGAAGACCCUUCAACUGCAACUUACCUCCAGUUCCUGAAGGAAGGGCUGCAGAGAGCAAAACCGUACCUGCAGCCCUAAAAGCAGGCACCUGAAUGCCCCACUGAGAUGGCCAAAGACUUCAGAGAUCUAUUUUGAUUACAGCAAAUCCUCCUCAUCUCCAUGCCAGACGUUGGUGUUGAACUGCAGGCAGUCCCGGGCCGGGGCUGUGCUGUGGAUCUUGGUUUGAGGCUGAGUUCCAGGUGGUACCAAUUUACACAACCUGCCCUUUUCAGUUCAGGCACAUUUUUACAGGAGUGAAAAAUACUUGAAUCCAUUCCCAGUGCACUUGCCUGGGCGUGCCACCCACCCUCAUUUGCUGGCAGCUCCCAUUCAGACUGGUGAAACUGGUGUGACCCCAGAACUGCUGAUGGCCGGGACUUGCCGAGCGCGGGGAGCAGCACUGCCAUUCCGACCGAACACUCGUGGUGAGGACACAGCCAGCACCCUGCUCCCACCCUGGGGCCAGCCUGGUGUCCUGUGGCAGCUCUGGCUGGCAGUGACAAUCUGUGUGACAGGGCUGGGAGCCAAGGAUGAGCUCUGGGCAGCCCUGUGUGCCCUGCUGGCCGCUCUCAAACAGGGUCUAUGCCCCUGAGGGAGGUGCUGAGGGUGGCACCGGGGUGUUCAGGUUUGGUGCAGCUCAGAGGGCUCAGGUGAGGAUCAGUUUGAGCCCCCAGGAGCUCCCCCAGUGUCCCACCCAUCCAUCCCUCCCAGGGCUCCCUCCCCAGCAGCUCUGGGAGCUUCUCCCGGUGUCCCCUUGGAGCUGGAGCCCUGUCCCAGUUUGCUUUGAGCUUCCAGGUCGUGCUGGGUGAGGAACCAUAAGGUUCCCUGUGGGAGCUGCCCUGAGAGCAUCACCUGGGUGAGAACCGGGCAGUUCUAAAAGCCAGAAGUACAAAGAGAUAUUUUCAGGAAUUUUUUCCCAAAGAGAUUGUUCAGACAUGAAGCCAUUAUCCCUUACCUGAAGUCACCCUGAGCAGUUGCUCCUGCUCUGUGCCAAUGCCUGGAUACAGAGUGAGCCUUGUUUUGUAAUUUGGGGAAGGAAAGGUUAAGUGAAAGGGGUUUUAGGACAUAUUCCUACAGGCACGUUGAGGAGACAAAGCAUCUUCAGUAGCUGCCUGCAGCCAGCCCUGGCUGGUGAUGCUUUUUCUGCUCUCUGAAGCACAAUUUUGUUGGACCAAAUCAAAUUAAGGGAAAAGCCUUUUCUUUUUUCUUUUUUUUUUUUUUAAUAAGGAAUUUUUCUUUCCUGGGCUCCAGGUCCUGGGAGGAGCCUGGGGGUGGCAAUUACCCUGUCCCCACCCUGCCCCAGCCUUCCUGUCCAUACCUGAGCCUGGAGACUGAGCUUAGCUGCACCUCUGGGCUGAACCAGUGCCACUUCACUAAUUGCUCUAGUGAGAUUAAUUAAUGGCCCCGGGAUGUUUCUCAGUGUUGGCUUUGUAACUAUGCAUUAGCUGUGCACUUUCUCACACUCCAGCGUGCCAGGCUGUGCUCUGGCCGUGCCAGAACCUCCAGGGAGCAUCGGAGACAGGUCCUGUGCUCGCUUCGGGGCCUCGGAUCCCUGCAGGGCUCCAGCUCGGAGGAAUCCUGUGGGAUCCUCCCGUGAGCUCCUUGCAGCCAGCUCCGAGCGCUCCCGGGGGAAGGGGAUGAGUCUGGACAGUGGCAGAGGGAGCCCCAAAGCCACCCCCGAGCUGGAGCAGCCUGGGGUAUCCCGAGGGCUCCCGGGGGACCCGCCCGUGUCCCUUUGUCACCGGCCCUUCGCUGCCGUGGGCUCUGCGGGCUGACACUCCAUCGCUCCCCCGGUGCCAAGCGUUCGGUUCUCUCUGUACAUCGGCUGCUGCCGCCUCCCCUCCGCGCCUUGUGACGCCCUGGCCCGAAACCGGCG